CUUGAUUUUGAAAAAAUCUAAAAAAUAACUUGUACUGUUUGUUGUUGUUGCUGGAUAAACUAGAUUCUUGUUGUUAAUUGAAGCGUUAUUAUUCGUAUCAUUUAUCGCCACCAACGACGCACCACGAUGCUUCAUCCGGAACAGAUCGCGCGGUUGGCAAGAAACCAGCUGGAAGAUGAUGCCAAAUUUCAGGAGCACGUAAAGAAUAACAAUGAAUGGCCUCUCAUGAAGUAUUACACGGAGGUGAAAGAUAAAGCACCGCAUGUUCUCGCUGCAGGCGUUGCAGCUUGUCGAGAUUAUAUCCGCCAAAAAGGACCAACACUUGACGUCCCAGAAUUGCUCAAGAACGACGAAAAAGCAGCACAAAUUCGUCUGGCAGGCAAUCGAUUCUACAAGGAGAAGUCCUACUCGGAAGCGCUGAAAAAGUACAACGAGUGCAUCUGUUGGGCCACAACCGGAUCGGAACAUCUGGCCAUUGGUUUUGCCAAUCGGUCAGCCUUGCACUACGAUACGGGAGAGUAUGAACUGACACUGGUCAACAUAAUGCUCGCCAAGAAGAACAACUAUCCGGAGCGCUUGAUGCCAAAACUGCUAGCUCGGGAGGCGAGCUGUAGGGAGAGGAUAGACAAGGGCCAAUCGAGGCAAUCUACGAUGUGUACCAGAUUUGAAAUGACCAUUGAAAAGAACCCAAAGAUUCCUUGCAUUGCUAAAGGGAUUUCCAUGAAGAUGCUCCCUGGGUACGGAAGAAGCCUGGUGGCUGAGAAGAAUUUCAAAACCGGAGAUGUAAUUCUGAAUGAAAAAAUGAUAAUGGCCUCCGUCAAUAGCGGCAGUAAGUUCUUGAGCUGCAACUAUUGCACAUCCGAUAGCUACCACGCUCUGAUUCCCUGUCCACAUUGUGUGUCGGUGAUGUACUGCGACGAGGAGUGCCUGAAGAAGAGCUUGGAAUCGAACCACCGUUUUGAGUGUGGAAUUGUCGAAAAACUGAAUCACAUUUCGUACGGGCACAGCUACAUUGGCCCGAGAAUGUUGUUCUUUGGAUUGACCCUGUUUCGAGAUGACGUUCAGGAAAUGAUGGAUUUCUGUGCAAAACAAGAAAAACUUAUUACUGAUCCCUUUACAUUGGACUGCACCGAGGAUGAUCCAAUGCGUGAUUUCAAAACCUUCCACAGAACGAAGGUUCUCCCAAUCGUGCUUGGAAUGGAUUACGUUAUUCGAUACCAAGCCGCUCUGUACUACACGGUUUUCAUUAAACACCCACCGGUCAAGACACUAUUCAACAGCGAAGCACGACGGCAUUUCAUGCUCCAGUGUCUACAUGACUACAUGAGAACGGCCUUUGUUUUGACCACCUUUCAGACGAACGAUGUGUCCUACCAACUGCAUACCUUCGCCUCGCUGUGUAAUCAUUCAUGUAUCCCGAAUGCGCUGGCCCUGUCCGCCUUCGGCCAUCUGAAAUUGGUCGUCCUCUGUCCCAUACGCAAGAACCAACAAAUCACAAUCUCCUACGGUCCUCUGUUCAGCGAAAAUACUGACGGCGUGCGAGCACGGACGCUUGAAACGAUGGAAAUCACAUGCCUUUGUGAUGCUUGCAAUCUGUCCAAGCGUGAGGCAUGGAUGGCCAGUUAUAGGAAGCCUCUGAACAUCCCUCAGAACCACUUGACGAUGCUGUCUACGGUGAUCAACAAUCGGGACACCAACAGUGCGGCGAAGUUGAACGCUCUACAGCAGUUUAUCCAGCGCUAUGGGAGCGUCUGUCCACAGCAGGAUCUGGAUCAGGCCGUGCAGCUGUUCCGUGAGAUACUGUCGGCCCUGUUCAAAGGGGAAGCUCACGUCAGGUACCGUCAGAUCGCAAUGCGCGGGGCGUCAACAUGAGUUUCCUGGUGGGAACAUUUGGAGCAGGCCUCGUCCAUUAUGAUGAUGCCCCUGGAUUUGUGCGCGGGAUAAUUAGUAUUUGAGAAAACUAUGCUAAGAGAACAAAAAGA